CUCCUGGUGCGAAGCGUCCUUGCCAAUGAUUUUGCAGCUCCCAGCUACAGACUGCUGGGAUGGUUGUCAGCGGUACAGUUAGGGUUCAGUCUACUGCAACAUGUGCACAGGACAUUCUCUGGGGGCAGGUCGGGGCAAGGCCUUGACAGAGAGACAACCUCAGAACACAGUGCUAAUGCUGUGGCCUCGACCUCGUCGUCUGAAGUCCACCCCAAGUCGCGAUGUUCUCUGUGCCUGGAGACCAGAAGGCACCCCACAGCCACGCCCUGUGGUCACCUCUUCUGCUGGGGGUGCAUCAUGGAAUGGGGUAGUGAAAAGCCGGAGUGCCCAUUGUGCAGAGAGCCAUUCCAACUAUCCAGACUUGUCUACCUGCAGAACUAUCAACCAAGUUGACCACGCUUUUAAAACACAGAUAAUAUACACUGUCUGUAUAUACAUUUAUGUAUAUAGACAAAAAAUGCUAAGAGAAGCAAAGCUAAAUUUAUUUUGCAUCAUGAAAACUGACAGAUGCCAUAUUAAAAGUUAAUUAUACAAAAAAUUGCUGUCUUCAGUAUGUACUGUUUUAUUCAGAUUAUGUAUUAGAUUUCUCCAUUCAC